ACCGAACACAUCGUGAAAUCAUAACAUUGAAGUUGAAAAGCCCGUGAAGGGCAUAGGUGAAGUGGUUGGAAAAAUUUGAGGAAUUUCAUAUCAACAAAAUGAAUAACAAUUUAGUUACAGUUUAAAAUGAAUUUCUUUAACUUGAAAAUUAAUGCGUUUACAUUGUUGUGAAAAUGUCGAGUGUUGGCACAGUUGCUUCAAGCGACGUGGCGCAGAAAUUUGUGGAAUUGUUGCAAAAUGAUUUGAAAAAUAUUGCAAUUGAGUCGAAGAAAAAGUAUCCAGGAAUAAAAGAAUCGUGUGAGGAGGGUAUUGUGAAGCUACGAAAUGCUGCUGCCAAUCCACAGACUCCCGUUUUUUACAUCAUUAAUCAGAUUUUAUUUCCAUUGGUGCAGGGCUGUGAAACAAAGGAUCAGAAGAUAGUUAAAAUGUGUCUUGAAGUGAUGCAGAGGAUGAUCACGCAGCAAGUGGUAGACCUGAAAGCUGCUCGUUACAUCACAGAUACUCUGUGGAUGUUGAUGGAGAGUGGUAUAGCGGAAGUGAAGAUUUUGCAAACCGUUACGCUGCUGCUGACUACAAAUACUGUGGUCCAUGGUGAUACGUUGGCAAAGAAUUUAGUGCUCUGCUUCAGACUGCACUUCACCAAAGAUUCGACCAUCAUAAAUACAGCCGGUGCUACUAUCAGACAGUUGGUGUCUUUAGUUUUUGAGAGGGUUAUCACAGAAGAUGAGUACUUCAAAGGAUCAGAAAGCAAAGAAGUUGACCUAGAAGAAUUGAAAUCUCCGAGUAAUGUUGCUCCCAAAGGCCUGCAACCAUGUGCUGCAGACGCUUUCUUGAUGUUCCAAGACUUGGUGCAGUUGGUGAAUGCUGAUCAUCCGUAUUGGUUAAUUAAAAUGACUGAAAUGACACCUACGUUUGGCCUUGAGCUUCUGGAGUCUCUACUGACAAAUUUUACUUCUGUAUUCUUUCAGCAUCCAGAGUUCAGCUUUCUUCUGAAGGAGCGAGUUUGUGCCUUGGUAAUCAAGUUGUUUUCUCCCAACAUUAAGUACCGUAAUUCGGUGCCAGCAAGCGUUCAGCAAGCCACGAGUUUGGACAAACCAUACUUUCCAAUAAGCGUGAGGCUGUUGCGAGUAGUUUCUGUAUUAAUACAGAAGUAUCAUGCAUUACUGGUGACGGAGUGCGAGAUAUUUUUGUCUCUUAUUGUCAAGUUCUUGGAUCCAGAUAAGCCAGUGUGGCAGAGAACUUUAGCCCUUGAAGUUCUUCACAAAAUGACAGUUCAGCCUUUGCUUUUGAAAUCAUUUUGCGAGUGCUACGAUUUGAAAACGCAUGCUACCAACAUUUUCAAAGAUAUUGUCAACUCUUUAGGGGCAUACAUACAGAGCCUUUUUGUUGGUGCUCAGCUAAUGGGACAGAAUAAUGGAGCCAGCUCGGUGCCAGUUUCGCAAGGACAGCCGCCUGCUCUGUUGGCAGGGAUGCCUGUGGGGCCCGGAGUGUCGCCGCAGCCCGGCUUCUUCUCGAGAGGCGUGUGGCUGCCCGUGGUGGCCACGUUCACCAGCGGGCAGGCCAAGGCAACCUACCUGGAAAUGCUGGAUAAAAGUGAACCUCCGGCAGUUCCUGAUGGCUACGGGAUGUCGGUGGCCUACGCUUGCCUGCUAGACAUAAUACGCUCCAUAGCACUUGCCAUUGGGGGCAUCUCCCCAGUGGGAGCGGGGGAUGUCCCUGUGACCACCUGCUAUAAGGGAACUCCUGCCGAGAGAAAUCUGCACUCACAGCUGAUAGAGUCAAGUUGGUGUGGCUUGUUGGCGGCCCUUACUCCACUCAUUGACGCAAGCACUGAUGAAACAGCUUUAGAGAACGUGCUGAAAGCCAUCCAGACGUUUGCUAGUUUGUGUGGCUGCCUGGACCUACAAGCACCACGGGAUGCGUUCAUCACUACCAUUUGCAAGGCUUCACUCCCACCCCACUACGCUCUCACAGUGUUGAGUUCCGCUCCGCAGGGCACUGGUACUGGCAGAGCUCACUCUCGUGCAGGAAGCCAAGAUCUCGGCUCCCAGUACAAUAUGGGAGCGUACGGAGAUACGGAUUACAGGCAGCAUGUGGUGGCUGUUGGCACCCCGUUACCUACAGCGUCAUUGCCUAUUGGUUCUCAGCAGGGACCGGUAAUGCUGACUGCAAAGAACCUACAGUGUAUGAGAGCUUUGUUGAGCCUUGCUCACUGUCACGGGAGUAUUCUGGGCAGUGCGUGGCAUUUGGUUCUCACCACAUUGCAGCAUUUGGUGUGGAUCUUGGGGCUGAAACCUUCCACGGGAGGAAGUCUGAAAAUUGGCCGCAGUCCAACCGACACUAACGCUGUUAUCACCACAGCGGUGAUGGCUGACUUGCCGGUUCUGUCAGCAAUGCUUAGCAGACUGUUUGAGUCAAGUCAGUAUCUGGAUGACGUGGCUUUGCAUCAUCUCAUUGAUGCCCUGUGUAAACUGUCUCAUGAGGCGAUGGAGUUGGCGUAUUCAAAUAGGGAGCCUUCACUGUUUGCAGUAGCCAAACUACUGGAAACUGGCCUGGUGAACCUGCCACGAGUGGAGGUUCUGUGGCGGCCACUAACCAAUCACCUGCUGGAAGUCUGUCAGCACCCUCACAUUCGCAUGCGACAGUGGGGAGUGGAAGCGGUCACGUAUCUGGUGAAAGCUGCCCUGCAACACAAGUAUGAACCACCACUCCGAGACAACCAGAAACUUCAGACCUUGUUGUUGGGACCUCUUUCGGAGCUGUCACUGGUCCGUCAUGGUGAUGUGCGACAGAGACAGCUCGAAUGUGUAUUACAGGUGUUACACAGCUCAGGCGAGAUACUGUCUCAUGGCUGGCCAUUGGUUCUGGGCAUCAUCGGUGCUGUAUCUGAUCAUCACAGUGAGAAUCUGAUACGUGUGGCAUUCCAGUGUUUACAACUGGUAGUGACAGACUUUCUACCAGUAAUGCCUUGGCGAUGCCUGCCACUAUGUGUGGAUACUGCUGCUAAGUUUGGAUCUCAAGCCCAAGAACUGAACAUUUCUCUAACUGCUGUUGGUUUGAUGUGGAACAUAUCAGACCACUUCUACCAAAAUCAAGAGAAACUGUCACAGUCGUUAUCUGGGGAUGCAACAGUAUUCCCUGAUUUCCCAGGGAUGCCCAACAUGCCUCCGUUUGAUAAACUUUGGAUGUGCCUGUAUGCUAGAUUAGGAGACCUGUGUGUAGAUACAAGGCCAGCCGUUAGAAAGUCUGCUGGACAAACUCUUUUUUCGACGAUAUCUGCUCAUGGCAGCCUUCUUCAUCAGCCAACGUGGCAAGCUGUUCUGUGGCAGGUCCUGUUUCCAUUACUGGAUAAAGUACGAAUGUUGUCGAGUUCUGCGAGCAGUGAGAAAGUGGACACAGGAGGAAACAUUCUUAUUCAUCAUUCCAGAAACACAGCUCAGAAGCAGUGGGCAGAAACUCAAGUCCUUACAUUAUCAGGGGUUGCAAGAGUGUUCAACACAAAGAGGCAACUUCUGAUAACUUUGGGUGAUUUUCCCAAAGCAUGGACAUUACUUUUUGAGUUUAUUGAAAACUCUGCUCUGAACAAAAACAAUGAGGUUUCUCUGGCAGCUCUGAAAGCUUUCCAGGAAAUACUGUACUUGAGCAAAGACAACGAUGUGUCAACAGAUACGGCGGCAGUGAUUGCAAAUGGCAGGAGUGCUGGCACAUUCAUUGAUGACAAAACCAGUAUUUGGGACGUUGCUUGGAAAGUAUGGUUGCACAUCGGCAUAGAAAGUACGUCACCUUCUUCCACAUUAAAUGGUGGAGAUGACAUUUACAUUCCUGCACAACCAUUUUUGACUGCUCUGAUACAAAUAUUUUCUUCUGUGUUUCAGCACAUCAAAACAAAGUUUACACCAUCUGACCUUGAAAAACUGUGCAGUGUCUUGCAGUAUGCGGUAGUUGUGCCAAUACUUGGAGAAGCAUCACCAUUUGUCACUCCGUUUACGGAUGUGCCUACUCAGUUACAAGAUGGGGUAUUACAUUGUAUGGAACUUCUUGAAAAGGAAGCAUUAUGCGGUGAUGAGAACAUGAAAAAAAUGAUUGCCAGGAUAUUUUACCAGCUUCUGGAUUUCACUAAAUUUGCAUCUCAUCCACCUACUUAUCGAAAACUGGAAUCACAAGCACACUCCCAAGAACGAGCUGCUGGUUAUUGUGAUUGGGUUGCAGUGAACUACGUUCCGUUUGGUGAGAAGGCUUUAGUAAUGGUUGUCAAUUUGUAUCAAAAGACUGCUGAUAAUCCAGCUGUUAUUGAAACAAAUGUUCUGCAGCAUAUAAUCAACGCUUUCUAUUUUCCGUUGUCUCUGAAAUACAGUUGCCCCUCUGCGAGCACAUGGAAACUUGCAAUAACUAACUUGCUGACGGUGCUGCACAUUGGCCUGCCGCUAGCCAGGAAGCAUUCUCAACACUUCCAGGACAUGUGGCCACGACUAGCAGAUGUGCUUGAUGCUUUCCUAUUCCCUUCAAGUGUCCCGUCAAUAGAACGUUGCCCAGAGGAAAUCCAGGCUGACGAAGCUGUAGACUGCCAAGUGAUUGAAUUGUUGAAAGAAGAAGUUCUUCCUUAUUCACAUGUUGUACCCAAAGAGUUUAUACUUGAUGUAGUCAUGAUCCUUAACAAAGGUUCAAUUCAUUCUGCAAGUAAUUCCAUAACAUCAGAGUUUGAAAGUGAUCAUAAACUUAGAGAAGAAUUUGCCAAGACCUGCUUUGAGACAUUGCUGCAGUUUUCUCUGCUGCAUGGGAUGGAUUCUGGAGAGCUUGCAGAUGUCGAAGACAUUCUGGCCGGAAGACUCGCGGUCACAGCAUUGCUUCACAGGUUCCAAGAGGUUCUUCAUCAGUACGUUCAAGAUCAGCGGCUAAGUGGAAAAUGUCCGCUUCCUAGAAAUAGGUUAUCAGAAAUAUCUUUUGUAUUAAAGGCCAUUGCUACAUUGGUCGUCUCACUCAAGAAAGCACCAAAACAAAAAGUAAGCACAGCGACGUGGGAGCAACUGAUAGGCUUGUAUCCAUACCUGGUCGACUGCACGACAAUUGCCUCGCCACAAGUGUCGCGCUCCUUACAAGAGGCUCUGUUACAGUACUACGAUCUGUUGCAGCCACCCGCGAAACAGUCAAAUAGCACGUGAUCUCAUUUUGUGUUUUCUUUGUCAUGAAAUGAUGACAUAUCUUGACUUGCGAACUGUGUCAUAUGUGUUUGUACUACACAUCUUCACCAGGUAUCUGGAACUUUUUGGCAACUUUGCCUUUCUUGGCUCAAUUCACUGCACUACCUAGCAAACAGUUUUUGACUUUUGUUUAGGAUUUAAGUUAAAAACAUGCAGAUCAAAUAAGUUUCACAAAAGUUAAGUUUAGUGUGAUGCGUAACCUAAAACACUUUUAAUAGGUCAGGCAUAAAUUACAUGUUGGAAGAGGUUAGGUAGCUAUUUAUAUUUAUAUUCCAAGCAUUGUAAUUAGUUACAAACAAAAUACAGCAAUUACUGCUAUAUCAAGGCCUGGAAGAACAGAAAAACCCAUGAAAAUUAAUCAAAAACAAAA